AUGGGCCUUAACUAUAUGAGCUUGCUCACACCAAGCAAAGCUCCUUUCUACGGCAUCGUUCCAGGAAACUCUUCUACACCAACUGGCUCGGUUACCCUCCCGGUCACAUUUGGUACAGAACAAAACUUCCGAACGGAGUAUAUCAAGUUUGAAGUAGCCGACUUUGAAUCUUCCUAUCAUGCCAUACUGGGACUGGCCAAGUUUAUGGCAGUGCCACACUACGUCUACCUACUCGUCAAGAUGCCGGGCAAUACAGGAGUCCUUUCCCUGCGCGGGGACCUCCUCAAGUCCUUCGAGUGCGAUAAGGAGGCAAUUGAUCAUGCUUCUACUAUUCGAGUUCCUAGCUCUGUCAGCGAGAUACUCGCCGCCUCUAAGGAGCUCUCACUCAACAAGGACUCGAUGCCUUCCAAGAAGUCAAGCCAAUCGUCGGUAAAACCAACUGGGGACAUGGGCACCAAGACAAUCCAGCUACAAGAGGGAGAUGACUCCAAAACUGCCAUCAUCAGAGGUGGCUUGAGCGACAAAUAG